CAUCACUGCCUACUCAAAACACUUGUUAUUUCCCGUAAUCGUAUAUUCUCUAUUAGGUAUAAUAAUUAAUGAAGUGAACACUAAAACACAACCAUGACAGAGGCCGGAGACAACAUAUCUACGUUCAGCGCGGAUGGUGGCCAGGACACCGUGGGGCUGCCCCGGAUCGUCAUGGUCACUGAGGGCUCCGAUACCUCCGUGUCCUCAGCCUCAUCCUCCUCUUCCUCAGAGGACUGCAACUGGGCCAACCUCAUCAAGUCCACCGAAAUACCCCCCGAGUACUGGCACAUUCAGAAACUAGUGAAGUACAUGAAAGCUGGCAACCAAACAGCUACUAUGGUCGCGUUGUCGUGUCUGAAAGACCACGAUCUCACUGUUGAAGUUAACCAGCGAGCGAUUCAAGAAAUCGGAGGUUUAGAGCUUCUCGUAAACUUGUUGGAGACGAGGGACCUCUGCUGUAUUCUGGGAGGGUUGGCCGUCCUCAAAGAUAUCACGCCGAAUAUAGAAAUUCGGAAGAAGGUGACGGAUUUGGGCGCCAUCCCGCUGCUAGUGGGCCUGCUGUCGGACCCAGCGCGGGACGUGCAGAUCCUCGCAGCGGAAACGAUUGCCAAUUUGGGACGAAUUCGCAAAAGCAGGAAGUUCUGUCGUAAGUUUGGCGGUAUACCGAAGCUGAUUGAUCUGCUGGACAUAAAGGAAAAAUACUUGAUAACACCGAGGUCUGAAUUGAACAAAGACGAGCUAGAGUUCUUGGACAUCGCUCGUGCUGGAGCCAAGGCCCUGUGGUCCAUGUCGGCGUCUCAGAGGAACCGUGAAGCCAUGCGGAAGUAUGGCAUGAUUCCACUCAUAGCCCGGGUCCUCAAGACCAUUCACCUGGACGUGGCUACUCCAGCUGUUGGCUUAUUGCAGAUGUGCGCUAGUGAAACGUCGUUCCAACUGGCCAUACAAACUGAAAAGAUGGUUCAAGAUUUGAUUACACAUUUGGGUAAUGAAGACAAAGAUCUCAAGACAUAUUGCAGCCUGGCUAUUUAUAAGUGUGCCAGUGACCCUGUCACUAGGGACAUGAUACGUGACAACGGCGGGUUGGAGCUGCUGGUUGAGGCGGCACAGGACCCUACCAACCGUCAGAACAAGCCGUUGAUGGCUUCUGUCACUGGCGCCCUGUGGAAGUCCGCUAGCAGUGAGGUCAGCGUGAAGAAACUCGACUCUCUGAAUACCGUAGCGACGCUGGUGAAGCUCCUGGAUGAUGAGAAUGAUGGAGUGCUCACCAACGUGGCUGGUGCUCUGGCUGAGUGCGCAAAACAUCCCCCUAACAGGGAGAAGAUUAGAGCUGCAGGAGGGAUUUCGCAAUUAAUCUACCACCUGAGCAACACUCACAAGCCUCUGCUGGAGAACGUGCCGCUGGUACUGAUGGAGUGCGCGAAGGACCCCCAGUGCAUGGCGCAGAUCGACGAGCUGGAUGGAGUGCGACUCAUCUGGUCCUUGCUCAAGAACGACUCUAAGAAAGUCCAGACAAACGCCGCCUUAGCUCUGAGCCCUUGCGUGCAAAACGCACAUGAUUCGGGCGAAAUGGUGAGGUCGUUUGUCGGCGCUCUAGACUUGACGGUGGAUCUUUUGGACUCGGAUGAUCAUAACGUGCUGUCGGCGGUAUGCGCCGCUAUAGCAACCAUAGCCAAAGAUCAAGAGAACUUGGCUGUAAUUUCCGACCAUGGUGUAGUGGCUAAAUUGUCCAAGCUGGUGAGCACCACGGACGACCACCUCCGCGCCAACCUGGGCAUCGCCAUCGCCUACUGCUGCGACUGGGCCCAGAACCGGCAGGAGUUCGGCAAGCGCGGCGCCGUCACGCCCCUGGUCAACUACAUGACGUCACGAGACCCCGACGUGCACCGAGCCACCGCGCUGGCGCUCUACCACCUGUCCUUCUACUCCAUCAACUGCGUCACCAUGCAUGCCGCGGGUGUGGUUCAAUUUCUCCUGGAGACGGUCGGCUCCAAGGAUCCCGUACUGCAAGAAGCAUCAGCUGGCUGUCUUUGUAACAUUCGAAAACUGGCGCUAGCGACAGAAAAGAUCAAACUGAAGAUAUAGAUUACUUGUGUGAAUAAGUACUUAUUAUAAUUAUAAUCAAUGUUUUAUGGUGCAACGUAAUGGAAAAGCAUGUUUCAAAAUUUGUGUUUCAC